ACGCUGAUCAUGGCCAUGAGUUUGGAUUACUGGAACAUCCGUGGGCUGGCUCACGCCAUCCACCUGCUCCUGGAAUACACAGACUCCAGCUAUGAAGAGAAGAGGUACACAAUGGGGGAUGCUCCAGACUUUGACAGAAGCCAGUGGCUAAGCGACAAGUUCAAGCUGGGCCUGGACUUCCCCAGUCUGCCCUACCUAAUUGACGGGACUCAAAAGCUCACCCAGAGCAACGCCAUCCCUCGCUACAUCGCACGCAAGCACAACCUGUGUGGAGAGAUGGAGGAGGAGAAGAUUCGCAUGGACAUUUUGGAGAACGAGAUUAUGGACAUCCGAAUGUACACGGCCCGGAUCUGCUACAGCCCUGACUUUGAGAAACUGAAGCCUGACAUUUUGACCAUGCUCUCUGAAGAGAUGAAGCUGUUCUCCCAGUUCCUGGGGAAGAGGUCUUGGUUUGCAGGGGACAAGCUCAUGUAUGUGGACUUCCUGGCUUAUGACAUCCUAGAUACACUGUGUAUGUUCGAGCCCAAGUGCCUGGAUGCGUUCCCAAACCUGAAGGACUUCUUGGUCUGCUUUGAGGGUCUGAAGAAGAUCUCUGCCUACAUGAAGUCCAGCCGCUUCCUCCCGACACCUGUGUACUCCAAGCCUGCCGUGUGGGGCAACAAGUAGGGGCUGAGUGUGCAGGAGAGGGGAUAGGAGCACUGCUGGACAUAUCUACAUUUUUUAGAACCAUGUGCUCUGCUUUCUCUUUCCUCUUUUAACUCCUUUCCAUUACCCGCCUUCCCUCACUAGAUGCCUGACUGGCUACUGAUCUGCCUCGAGCCUCUCUCAUCCUUACCCUCUACAGCCACAGC